AUGUCUCGCCCUGCGAAUGGAAAUGGGAAUGGAAACGGAAAUGUCUACGCUAUCACGAAGCUCCCAAGCCGCAAGUCGGCGAGCGAAGAGAAGGAGGCCAUGAACUGCAAAUCCUGUCGGAAACGAAAGGUUCGUUGGCUUCCAAACGUACAAUUAACAGCCCCCAGCGCUGCUCUGCAGCCCAAAGUCUGGGUGCAGCAGCCAUAUGCUGUUCCCCGCAAACGUGGCCCGAAAACCGAGCUUCUCGAGGACUUACUACGGCGCAUUGGUCAUUUAGAAAAACGGCUAGAAGAUGGAAAAGGCUCGGGUGAAGAAGAUAAAACCUCGGAUGAACUGGCUCAAGCCGAGGCGAAUGGUCAUACAGCUGCUUUAGUCACCCCGCCUUCUGCGACAGCUUCGCAUCCUACAAGAGAGGAGCCGGGGCUAAAGCACGAAGAAGAAAAUGUGAUCAUGGAUCAGGAACUCCCAGAGCUGGCUCCUACCCCUAUAAGCGUCGAUAUGGAUGCCAACUAUGUUCCCCACCUGGUGGAUGUAUAUUUUACCCGUGUGAACAAAAAACCGCAUUCCUAUAUCCAUGAGGAAACAUUCAGAGGCAGGAUACACGAUGGCAGUGUUCCACAGCACCUUCUCAAUGCAAUCUGCGCAACUAGUAUUCGUUAUACCUUGCCUCCUACAGGGAAAACACUAGCGGAAUGCGCUGAACGGUUCGCCAGUUUGGCCAGAAACCAAGUUGAUGCAGACGAACCAUCAGUCGAUAAUUUGCUAACAUUAAUACUACUCUCCGAUGUUUAUUUUGCUUUGGGACAUGGAAAGAAAUCUUUUAUGCAGUUGGGAUCAGCAAUCCGUAUGGCUCUUGCCCUAGAGCUACAUAGAGAGCUGCCGCCAAACUCGCCGGCGACUCCAGUUGAGCGUGAAGUACGACGGAGAUGCUUCUGGACUUGUUAUUUGAUGGAUCGCUUUGCAGUCUGUGGUUCGAACCGCCCUCCUUUAAUCAGCGACUGUACAAUCAAAUUACGCCUCCCAUGUUCCGAAUCGCAUUUUCGAAGCGGCAAACCAAGCGAAGAAUCACUGUUCUCAGAAGAUGGGUUUGGGCAACAGUUCGGCAGCAUGCCUCUGUCGCGAAAUACCAACGCUAUGUUAGUUGAGAUUGUUCGGAUCUUAGGAAAGACAGUUCUAUACAUCCAGCAGGGUGGUGUAAAAGGCGACUCCCAUUUCCCGUGGCACUCUUCUUCAAACCUAUCGAUGAUCAGAAACGAACUGAAAGUAUGGGCCGGUUAUUUUGAAAACAAAGCCCAAGAAAAGGCAUCAUUUCCGUCCGGUAGCGAGGCUACAGUAUUUUACUUGAGCAAGGCUGUUUAUCACUUGAUACAUUGUUUGAUGUAUCGGACCUUCCUCCCAAUCGAUAUCAAAGAAAUCAAUGGCACAGGCACCCAACAAGCAUGGCAGCAAGAAGCUACAAGCAUGUGUUUACAGCAUGCAAAGGCUCUAACAGACCUCGCUUACCAAGCAGCAAAUACACCUUCAAUAGAAUGGCCUGCUUUCAUGUCGUAUUGCUUAACAUCUGCUGCAACGGUUCAUUUGCACGGCACCCAAUACACAGGACAUUCCUUGUCCGAAGGUAGCAGGGAAAGCUUGUUAAGGGUUAUCAAGUUCCUUAUCCGAAUGCGGCGGCAGUGGGCAAUUAUCAAUCAUCAGUGCUCAACAAUACGCCGGAUAUACAUGAAUCAUAUUCGUCUGUCCAAGGGUUCACCAGCUGAUAUUAAAUACCUUGACGACUUCUUUGAUCGAUAUGAUGAUGUUACUUUCGAUACCGCCUUUAUUCCCUUUGAGUUUCUCAAUGACUUCUCAGUCGAAAACCUUUCGAGUCCUGAUGACCUUUUCGCCGACCCCACCCUAUCAGAAAUAUUCCAUUCCCCCGUCCCAUCUGUUGGAACCCCACAAAUCCCAAAUGCGUCACCUUCGAACACCACAGACGGCGGCUCUGCAUCAUCGAUAACCCAUGUCGACGAAUAUGGUCAUCAUCGCCAUAAUAAGCGCCCGAAAAUACAUCGACACUCUUCUGUCUCCGAUGGGUCAACGCCCCUAAACAGCCAACAUUCUCCCCAAGACCAGUAUCGCAUGCGAACACGCGAAAGACUACAAAAUAGUCACCCUGGCUUCCACUACCCAGGACAGCCACCACCAAUGGGCCCCCAACGAAGCGCUUCCGCCACUUCAAUUCCUGAAAACAACCCCUUCGACUUUACUUCUCCCGUUAUGCCUAACUCCGCCUAUUCCUAUGAUAUGAAUAAAUAUACUUUCUCGCCCUCUGGAAACUAUUCUUUCUUCUCUUCAACCCCCUACAACAACUUUUUUGACUUUGGAAUGGACCCCGCUGUCUUUUCCGCAGAUCCCAGUGCUGUACAAGAAAAGGAUGCGCUUCCUACCGAGCUCGAGCCCGACCCGUUGAUGACACUACUUUCAGAAAUGGCGACCCGCGAGGAUGGGAACAGUCUUGAUAUGUUCAUGGGCAACCCACCAGGGCCCGGAAAUUAA